CCAGAAAAGUCCCAAAUCCUUGCUUUCAGGCCUUUCCAAGUGGCUCUCGAGAAAGACGUCAGCAAAACGCUUAGGAGAACCUACAGCAGAAGCAACUGUAUCGAACAACAUCAGGAUAUUCUUCGAUAUUUGCAAGACUUCAUGUAUUCCUAUAAAGAUCAUCCUAAAUUUGGCUGGAUUUGGCUUUCUUUACUUGGUCACGAUCACGAAAGUGGUGUGAUUCAUGCGGACGCGGAUUUUCAACGUUUUCUACUCAAUAACAAGAAAAAGCUCGACGAUUCUUUCGUUAUCUUCAUGGGAGACCAUGGGCUGCGUGGUGGCAGGGUGACCCGUACUAAACUCGGCAGUCUCGAAAUGAAUAAUCCGAUGUUCUCGAUGUCAAUACCGAAAGUGCUUCGAGACACCACAG